UUCCAGCGUGAGAACGAAUGAAUGGUUGGCUUUGAACUAGUUGCUGGAAGUUAGAGGCUCACAGCGUUGCUUUGUUCUGCCUUGCCUGGCCGAAGGAGAAGCAGAGGCUCGCAGCUGAGCCCUCAUCUCAUCCACAGUUGCAAGAGCCCUUGCAUCCAUCACCAUGAACUACCCCCCAGGGUGAGGCAAGGAGCGAGUACUCCGCGGAACUGAACGAGAUGUGUUUCUGCAGGGAUCCAAACGCUUGUAUUGUGAUGAUGAGCAGCUGGCGUGGCAGUUAUUCCAGAACAAUUUAAGACAGUGGUUCUCAACCUGUGGGUCCCUAGAUGCUGUUGGACUACAACUCCCAUCAUCCCUGAGCUCUGGGCUUGCUAGCUAGGGAUGAUGGGAGUUGUAGUCCAACAUCAUCUGGGGACCCACAGGUUGAGAACUGCUGCUUUAAGAGAUGCUUACUUCCCGACGGUGCUCAGACAUCAGUUCCACUAGUUGGGAAGUCUCUUUUCUAUUUAUUAAUUUUAUUUGUAUACUGCUAUAUCGUAAGAACAAAUCAAGGUGGUUUACAGCAAGAAAAACAUAAAAGCAUACAGUAAAAGCAUUUCCAGACAGCAAAUCUACAGCCGCCGGCUUUCCCCAGCUCAGGUUGGCAGCAGCCUCAGUGUGUAGAGCAGCCCCGCCUGAGCCCAAGCCCUGAAAAACCAGACAUUUCCUUUAAAAUGUAAAAAAUCUGCCCGGAUGGGCAUGUUGCCAGCAACCCCCCCCCCCAAAAAAAAGAGGACAUGUUCGGGUUUCCCCAGACAGAUGGCAACCCUACCUUGCACAUAUGCACACACCCUAUAGCUAUAGAUAAAUGUUGGGCUUAAGCCAAAUGGACAUGAGUAGAGGGUUACAUCUUGUUAUUUUGUACUGUGCAAUGAGUUACAUGGUGCUAGGAACAGUGUAUCAUCUUUAAGCUGUUGGUUGGUCUGGUGCAAAAUGUUAUGACUGCAGGCCUAGCUCUCUCUCUCUCUCUCUCUCUCUCUCUGUGUGUGUGUGUGUAAUACACACAGAGACUCAACGUUUGAUUGUGUUUGAUUAUGCAUAAUAUUUGAUUGUGACUGGUUUGUGAUUUAACAUUUCUAUAACGGAAGCUGCCUUACAGAGGUUCGUCACUAAAAGGCCUAAAAUACUGUAUUUUAAAUGCUGUUGUACACCACUCCACUCUCCAAGCGUUGUGAGAUCCCAGGGGUUCCAUAUGCUUACCAAGGGUCUGUGUUUCCUUUUGGGAAUGAGGCACAGCGGAGACUGUGGUGUCUUUAUGAUAAAUGGUUUAUUCACACAUAUAUACAACCUGAUCCUCCGAGGGAGGGCUUCACAGCAUCAACACCCCAAAAAGGUCUUGUUUCUCCCAAAGCCCCAGCCUUGGAUUCAAACAGGAAUCAAGCAUUGCUCUCAAAGUUGCUCUCUCCAAUUUGCUGCUUUACUUCUAGGUCACACCACAGCCCCUUUCAACUCCAAUCUCAGACGCUGUCCCUCUCUCUCUAAGUUGGAAGGGCGCCCCAUACAUUUGCCAUCUCACACAGAGCCCCCUUUCCUUUCUCUUAAUUGCCCAUCACUCAGAUGGUCAUCUCAACACAGGAAGCUAGCUGGAUCGAGGGGUUAGAAGGAUCUGGUAUACAGCCAGUGCUUUUUUCUGGGGGGACACAUAGGGAUGCGUACCCCUAAAGAUUUUGUGUUGCCCCAACCAACGGACCGACAUGCCAGCUGCCUCCGCAGUAGCAGCGCAGACUGGAGCUCUGUCAUUCUCCCUGCUGGUGCCCAGGGAGGGGAGUCUGGGGCGGCUGCGAUGGAGGCAACGGCGCUCCUCCUCUUCCUCUUGCCAGGCUAGAGCCAGCUAGUGAACACUUGUCUCUCCUCGCUCAAGCCAACUCUGCCAUCGUCAUUGCCAGGGGCCUCCCCGUCCUCUCAGCGCCACUGCCACUGCCACUGCCGCCACCUCAAGUCCCUUGUCUGGGGGUUGGGGGAAGGAAGGGGGUGAGGUGGAGGGGUAGCAGCCAAAAUGAGAGUGCCCCUUAACUUUUUUUUUAAAGCACUGCAUAAAGCCUAUUUCCUCCCCCACUAUUUACUCACCAGAAAUGUGACUUCACAAAGGAGUGUAACUGACAGCAAUUAUUUUGUGAGUGUUUUAGGACAGCAAGAAACAUGUUUUUGAAUACUUCCUGUCCCGAAGGAGUGAAGACAAUUGAGCUAUCUUAUGUAAAUACCUCUUUCCACAAUGCAGCUCUGAUGUCACAAAGUGGGACUCUCAUAUCCUUGGUCUAACCAUGUCAAUGAAACUCAUAAUCUUAUGGGUACUAGAGGAACCAUGUGAGCUCUGAGAUUUUUGUGCUUUGUCAGCAGCAAACAGGGUUUGGAGCCUGAAGAAUUGUGAUACUCCUGAAUCUUGUAUUUCUGUAUUGUUAACAUUGGUGGUCUGAACAGAAAUUGCAAAAGGGGUUAACUUUUAACUGUUUCUCUUUAAGGGGAUUGAAUUCAGUAAAGGGAAAACAACUUGUACUUUGACUUAACCAACCAUGUAUUUGUUAACCUGUUUCUUAAUUUCUUUUUUUUUUUAGCAGGAAAAUGUUUAGCCUUAAAAAAAAAAAAAGACCAGGAUAGGGAGACCUAAUAUUUGUUCAGAAAAGGGUUGAUACCUUUUGUUACUAGAUUACUGGCCUAUCCAGUAAUAAGGAAGAUACUUCCUUAAUGGCAGCUAAUGACUAGGUAAAAGCUGAAUAUUUCUCUGAAAUGUUCUGAGUGGGGUGAUUCAUUAGUUUGCCGGUAUAUGACUGAAUUCCCCCCAGAAAUCGCAACCGUCUGGAAGCACUCCUGUCUUCUCAUGAUUCUAUGAUUCUCAGUCAUCUAGUCCAAUUAAAUGCUAAUUCUGAGCAGAACACAAAAUAACUGUGGUGGAAUGGCUCAGGUGAAUACUGUGGGGACACCCAUAGAAUCAAAGAAUCCUAGAAUUGUACAGUUGGAACCCAAUGCAAUGCAAUGCUGUCCACAGCUAUCCCUGGAUGGGCUCGAACCACCAACCUUCUGGUUAUCAGCCAGACCCAAUGACCCACUACGCCACUUGAGAGUCUCCAGUUGAUUUCUAGCACAGUCUGGGGUAUCCAGGCUGGGACUGAUUUGCUUCAGGUGUUGACCAUAAUGCUUUGCUUUCAGGUAUAAGGAGAGAUUGGCUACCAAGUGCUUUCAAGAGCGCGUCGCUAACAAAGAGAAGUUUUCUGAUGCCCUCAACGGCCAGCGAUGGAGAUUUUUGAAAAGCGGCCUGGAUGACUUCAGAAAUGGCUACCCUCCCCCUUCUGAUAACAUCAUCAUCCAAGGCAAAAAGGGGCCCGUACCAGUAAUUCUAGAGUACAAAAAACCAGGUCCUUCACAGCUCGUGCCAUAUACAGACACGGGACUGAAGACCAGAAGCGACAUUGUGUUCUCUAAGCUCAGUGCUUCUCAGAGAGCCAAAAAGGAGUACAUUGCACAGACUGAGCGCUGCCUGGCUGAACAUCCACUUGCCCUUUAUCCUCAUCUGGAGGACAGUUUGCCCCCAGAGGUAAAAAAUCAUCAUCAUCAUCAUCAAGUUUCCAACCAAUAUACAUUCAAUCACAAGGGGGAGUUUCAGGUUCCUUGACCCUUAAUUUCACAUUUCCCGUUCUCACUUUUUUGACCAAAGUAUAGCCAAGGAAGGGACGCGGGUGGCGCUGUGGGUUAAACCACUGAGCCUAGGACUUGCCGAUCAGAAGGUCGGCGGUUCGAAUCCCCGCGACGGGGUGAGCUCCCGUUGCUCGGUCCCAGCUCCUGCCAACCUAGCAGUUCGAAAGCACGUCAAAGUGCAAGUAGAUAAAUAGGUACCGCUCUGGCGGGAAGGUAAACGGCAUUUCCGUGCGCUGCUCUGGUUCGCCAGAAGUGGCUUAGUCAUGCUGGCCACAUGACCCGGAAGCUGUACACCGGCUCCCUCGGCCAAUAAAGUGAGAUGAGCGCCGCAACCCUAGAGUCGGUCAUGACUGGAUCUAAUGGUCAGGGGUCCUUUUACCUUUACCUAUAGCCAAGGAAGGGGGGGAGCAAAUACUUUAACUCUUUGUGUUAAACCACACCAAACUUUUGCUUCAAUCACUUACUGGUAUCAAAAAGACUGUGUAGCCUACAUGGAAAAGCUUACACAGAAACUCACGGUAUUUUUAAAAUGGGUAGAUGCAUUAAAUGUUGGUUGGCCUUUAGAACAUAUGUAUCUACUGAGGGAAAUAAUGUACUCAGGUACUUGAAGGAAUGUCUGUUUCUAUACCAAUGUUCCCAAAUAUUCAGGUAAUUUCAGAGGCUUUCCUCCAGGUGCUCCUGCCACCAGUAACGAGAGUAAUGGCAAUCAGAGACAGAGUAUUCUUGGCCGUUGCACCCUUUUUGUGGAAUUCCCUCCUCCAAGAGGCCUGCCAGGCACCAACACUGUUACCUAUUAAGGGCCAGGCUAAUAUAUUUUUAUUCUCCAAAGCUCUUUAGUGUAUUUUAAUUUACUUUUUAAACGUGUUUGCUUUUUGUAUUUCUUUUUGUAUUUUGCAUAUUACCCUAGAAACGCCACUGAAGAGCAAGUUAUAAAUCUUUUAAGCAAACAAAUUAAUAGUUGGGAGAGGGCUGGAAUGCUAUACAAGGCUCUAGGGAUGGCAGAGGCAGGGUGGGAACUGAUUUAGCUUGCAUUUUAAAAUGAGCCUAUCUAAUUGGCACAUUCUGAAACAAUUUGCUAAAUGAAACACAGCCUUCUUCAGAAAAUUGUUCAGAUUUUGCAGGGCAGUUCUCCAGCUGAGUAACAUGUACCGGUAUAUUGUGUGCAUAAGAAGGCAUAUGUUAGUGAAAAGAACAUACAAAUAUGCAUUAUAUUAGGGAACAUUACAUCCUAGCAUAUAUGCUAGAAGAAAUUCACACUAAAACAAAACAUGUAGAAAUGUGGCUAAGUGAACUCAAGCUUUGAAGAAUGAGAAACUGAGAGAAAUCAAAGUUGACAGAUUUGUGCAUCCCUAGCAAGGACCAAGACUCAACCCCAAAUGAUAGAAUUAGAUACAAAUAGAUGGAGAAUACAAUUUGGACAUGCCUGAACUAAUAACGAAAUAACGGAACCAUGGAGAGGGCGGAGGGAAAUCAAGGGAUUUGAGAAAUCCCACAUUCGGAUAUUACAUUAAUUGUAUAAACAGUAUGAAAAAUGUUACAGUUUUAUUAUUUUAAUUUUUUCAUUUCAAUGUAUAUUUUUAUAUGGUGUUUGUUUUAAUUAAAACUAAUAAAAAUAUUAUAAAAUAACAACAACAACAGUGCAGGAGAAACCGUGCACUUGAAUGAGAAUGGAGAAUUGAAAAGGAAAAAAAAGACCCAACCCCAACUGUUAUGUUGUGGGCGAACAUAUCAGACGACACAGCGAUUCUUCAAACAGUUCUUGUUUAUUUCAGAGGCAGGAACAGAACUGAACUGAGGAGCUCAGUCAGCCUGCUUAUAUAGAGCUCCAGAACAGCGUACAGUGGUGCCUCGCAAGACGAAAAGAAUCCGUUCUGUGAGUCUCUUCGUCUAGCGGUUUUUUCGUCUUGCGAAGCAAGCCCAUUGACGGAUUAGCGGAUUAGCGCUAUUAGCGCUUUUAGCGGCUUUUAGCGGCUUUUAGCGGCUUAUCAGCUUAUCGGAUAAGCAGAUAAGCGGCUUAACGGCUUAGAAAAAGGGGGGGGGAAGGGAAAAAAACCCGCAGGAACUCGCAAGACAUUUUCGUCUUGCGAAGCAAGCCCAUAGGAGCUUCGUUUUGCGAAGCACCUCCAAAACGGAAAACUCUUUCGUCUAGCGAGUUUUCCGUCUUGCGAGGCAUUCGUCUUGCGGGGCACCACUGUAACUGUUUCAGCUUUCUAAAGCUAUCCAAUCACUGAACGUCACUUUCGAUCCCUCAUUUGCAUACAAACUAUCCAAUCACUGAACGUCACUUUCGAUCCUUCAUUUGCAUACAAACUAUCCAAUCACUACAGUAUCCCCCUGCUGUCCCAGGGUGAGAACUUCAGUACAUAACACCAACUGUUCAAAAACUGAAGCUGUGAGAUUAAAUAUAUACAUGACAUGUAUAUGUAAUUGCAAGGCCAAGUCUGGGUUUCUGCAGCCACGUUUCCGAGGCCUCACCUUCCCUUUGCUUUACCCACAGAUGUUUCAGGACGUGGUGAAGCUCCUAGACCCUGAGAUGCAUCUGGCCAGAGGCUCACCUGACUAUAGCAAAACAGAAGUGGUUCCCCCUACAGUUCAGUAUCGGCUGCAGCAGUACGACAAAAAGUCAGAGUCAGGCUUCAGCCAUGUAACCCCGUGAGUACAGUAUUUUGCAGUAUAUUACAUGGAGGUCCAGCACCGAGGGCCGUCUGGCGGUUCCCUCACUGCGAGAAGCCAAGUUACAGGGAACGAGGCACAGGGCCUUUUCGGUAGUGGCGCCCGCCCUGUGGAACGCCCUCCCACCAGAUGUCAAAGAGAACAACAACUACCAGACUUUUAGAAGACACCUGAAGGCAGCCCUGUUCAGGGAAGCUUUUAAUGUUUGAUGUAUUACAGUAUUUUUAUAUUUUUUUAGAAGCCGCCCAGAGUGGCUGGGGAAGCCCAGCCAGAUGUGUGGGGUAUAAAUAAUAAAUAAUAAUAAUAAUAAUAAUAAUAAUAAUAAUAAUAAUUGCAGGAGGUGAAAUGCAAAAGAAUACAUCCCUAAACUGAUCUCCUGUUAACUCUGGGGUGACUUUGGAGCUUCUGCUCCUUUGAAAUGGACUGCGGUGUGACCAGGGCCAUACCUAGGGGUUGGUGAGGGUGGCCCUCACCAAUGGCACAGCCAUGGGCAUAGCCAGGAUUUAUUUUAGGAGGGGGCAGGCUUUAUGUUAGGGGGGCAGAACUGAGUUAUCUGUGAUGCAGUCAGUUAAGUAUUUUUUAUGAUUUAAUUGAUGGGGAGGAAGCUACCCCCAUGGCUAUGCCCAUGGGCACAGGCCCAGUGGGCAUGGAAAUCACAGCUUUCCACUCUGGUUCAGAGUGGCCAAGAGCCUGUCUGCACACUCAGGCAGAUGGACUAAUAAAGGAGGAGGAGAAAAGGCUGAACAGAGCAGAGUGGACCCAACCCUGAUGGCCAUGGAGGAAAUCGCUGGUAGAGUCUGAAAGGUGGCAAAAAGCAAACUUUGUGUUUCUGGUCCAUGGUCUUCGCAGGCACUGUGUGGUGAUCACACAGGGUCCCUGGAUGUUUGACGGUCUAUUGACCCUAUGCCACCACUGUGUUUGCUUUCUUCGCUGCCACCAACCCGUUUCUCACAGGUACACACAGAGUCCAGUCAGUUGUUAACAUUAACAAAUAAUCAAGUUUAUUUUAUAGGCAUGAACAAGCUUAUGGUUUCAGUUAAUUUUCUUGUCAGUUUCUUAAUCUUAGUUCCUUAACUGUCCUAUUCCUUCCUAACAACUUCAAACUGAUUAUCCCAACUAACUAUGUGACUCCACCUAACAAUUCCUCUCUCUCUCUCACAACACAACGCGACCAACCCACAGACUAUUCCUCCCUCUUCCUUCGUCAACUACCAACUCUCAACUGAACUCCACAUCACUCCAACUCCCACCAGUUCCCACUGGCCAAUCACGUCACACUCAUUUAACCCUUUCCUUAUGACCCACCUAGGAGGCAAACGCCACACACUGCCAAGCACACAAGUGAGCCUAGGUACGCCUCUGGGUGUGAUGAAAUACAGAAGUGCAUUCUCUUAGAGGUUAACCAUUAGAAACAGCUUGAUGUCUGUUGGGUUUUCUGCAUGACCAGUCAAGUGGGCCUCAAAACAUUCGAUUUUGUAUGAUGCUUCUAUGUCUCACUUUAAAUAAUGAUGACGAUGGUGCAAUCUCUCAUCUUCUCAUAAGGAGCGGAGGAAGGAGAUAUGGCUUAACAGGGCAGUCUUGUAGCUGAGGGAUAUGUCAGCAGUACCAUCGCUUGCUCCAACCCACCCUACUUAGCCCAGGCUGCAAAACAAACUGCCAAAUUCCUGGAAGCUACAUAUCAAGAAUGCUUGUGGCGCAGUCAGCAAAAAUGUUAUUCUCCUAGACACCAACUACCUUCAUCCAUUCUGGGAUCUGGCAAUGGUAGCUGGGAUUGUCAAGAUAGAGAAUUCCAUGCUAAGCGCCUGUCCCAGUUUUUGAAUCUGCCUUGCAAACCCAUAUAGCCACAUGGAAAGCACACAGUUUGGUUAUUUUCCCGUAAUCAGAGAGAGAUUCAACAGAGAGAUAAACAGAGCAGAGCUUAUUUUGAGGCCCAUAUUUAUUUUCUUAUUUUGACCUUUAUUGACCACUCAUUAAGAGCAUCCUCUGGGAACUUGACACAACCCAUAGAAACUGAUCCUAUCUAUAAGCAGGCAAUAUUGCAAGAGUUUCCCUUCUCUAAAGCUACUGCAAAGGCACAAUAAAUCUCUCAAAAAUCUGCCACUUCUCAUUUCGCUCUCCUUGCCUUUCCCCUGAAUCUGAUUGUGAUGACUUCUCACCAACAUCUUUCUUUGCCAUACAGCACUUGUAGCAUUUCCACAUAAGGAAAAAAGAUAAGCUGGAUGACUCUGAUGACUAAUGUGGGAACAAGGUAACUGGCAUCCCAUAGUCAGGGCUGGAUUUAGGUGUGAUGAGGCCCUAAGCUACUGAAGGUAAUGGGGCCCUUUAUAUGUCCAGCUGUCCUUUGUCAACAACAAAUUGUUGUUUUGCUGUUUUUGUGUUGAAUAUAUGCUAUAUGGUAAUUGAUGGACCUAAUAAGUAUCUAAAGCCAUUUGCACGUAACAAAAAUGUAUUUUAUCAAAGUAACACAACACAAAACACUCUUGCUGUAUGUAGUUUUUAUUUUAUUUGUUUUUUUAUCUUAUAUUUUGGAAAUGUGCAUCCAGUUUCCCCCCCCCUUUAACUUUUUUGGGGGCCCCCAAGAGAGUGGGGCCCUAAGCUAUAGCUUGUUCAGCUUAUAUGUAAAUCUGGCAUGGCCCAUGGUAGCAGCAAGACUCAAGCCAGAUCAUUUACAGUACCAGAUCCUGCACAUGAAACUCUGGGAAUCUAUUGCAGGGAUUUGUUCUGGGAUAUAAGAAGGCAUAAUUGUCCAUUUUGCUCAAUAUUCAACACAUGCACCACUGUUUCUGUUUCGCUGCAGUUGUUCUUCCACCAAAAAGUUACAUUAUUCCCCUCACUAUCCACUGUGGUGAAAUCAUGUAACAUAUGGAAAUAAAGUUGUCAUUAUGUUAUUCCUCCCCAUUCAAUUAAAUGCAGGGGGGGGUGUAGAGGGAAAUGUAAUUGAUUCCGUGUGACAGAAACUUGAUGAUCAUGAUGUAUUUUUCAUUUCUCUUUAGGCCCUGGGCGCCUAAGAGCAAGAACCCUUAUACAUGGUUUAGUAAAAAAGAAGUGAGUGAGAGAGAAAAGGCAGCCCAAAUAGCCUAUAUUCCUCCCUUGGAUGAGAAUGUAAAGCGUGCAACGAAGGAGUUUGUUGAGUGGGUCAGCUCAAUGGUAAGCUAAGAGAGGUGCAAUGGAAGACUUCAGGGCAAAACCGUCAAGGGUUCAGCUGAUCCAGAAUGAGGGACUUCAUAAAAGUCAUAGAAUCAUAGAGUCCGAAAGGACCCUGAGGGUCAUCUAGUCAUCUAGAUUGAGGUUGAAUCCUGACAAGACAGAAGUACUGUUUUGGGGGGACAGGGUGGGCGGGUGUGGGGGACUCCCUGGUCCUUAAUGGGGUACCUGUGCCCCUGAAGGACCAGGUGCGCAGCCUGGGAGUCAUUCUGGACUCACAGCUGUCCAUGGAGGCACAGGUCAAUUCUGUGUCCAGGCCAGCUGUUUACCAACUCCAUCUGGUAUGCAGGCUGAGACCCUACCUGCCCGCGGACUGUCUUGCCAGAGUGGUGCAUGCUCUGGUUAUCUCCCGUUUGGACUACUGCAAUGCGCUCUACAUGGGGUUACCUUUGAAGGUGACCCAGAAACUGCAAUUAAUCCAGAAUGCGGCAGCUAGAUUGGUGACUGGACAACAUAACACCAGUCCUGAGAGAUCUGCAUUGGCUCCCAGUACGUUUCCGAGCACAAUUCAAAGUGUUGGUGCUGACCUUUAAAGCCCUGAACGGCCUUGGUCCUGUAUACCUGAAGGAGCGUCUCCACCCCCAUCGUUCAGCCUGGACACUGAGGUCCAGAGCCGAGGGUCUUCUGGCGGUUCCCUCACUGCGAGAAGCAAAGCUACAGGGAACCAGGCAGAGGGCCUUCUCGGUAGAUGUCAGAUGUCAAGGAAAUAAGCAGCUGUCCUAUUUUUAAAAGACAUCUGAAGGCAGCCCUGUUUAGGGAAGUUUUUAAUAUUUAAUGCUGUAUUUAAUGCUGUAUUGUUUUUAACACUCGAUUGGGAGCCGCCCAGAGUGGCUGGGGAAACUCAGCCAGAUGGGCGGGGUAUAAAUAAUAUAUUAUUAUUAUUAUUAUUAUUAUUAUUAUUAUUAUUAUUAUCAUCAUCCCUGACCACUGGUCCUGUUAGCUAGGGAUGAUGGGAGCUGCAGUCCCCAAACAUCUGGAAGGCCGAGUUUGCCUAUGCCUGAGAUAGAGCAACAUUCUGAAGUGUGGUGGAUGUGGUCUGAUUUAUAUUUGCAUUUGUUUUCAGGCUGAAAAUGUGUAUUCAGACUACUUUCACGAAACACAGAAUUUUUUCAGCAUCCCACCUGAUAGCUGUUUCUGUGUUCAUCUUCCAUAAAUGCAAAGUCCUUUGACCAGUCUCUGUGCAGUAUUUAAAACUUAGCACAGAAUAGGGCACCACCACAUCACUAAGCAUAAUGGAUAUGUUUGUAAUAUCCUUAUUUAUUUUAGUGUGCUUGUUGCUAUUGUUGACAUCCGUCUGUCUUGAGAGACAAUGGAGUUCACCUCUGGGGAUGCAGUCAUACCGCUGUGUUUCCAGAAGAGUUUUAAUGUGUGAUGGGUGCUUCUUAUACAGGCAAUUUUUUGCAUGUCUACACAACAUUGUUGGCAUCAAAAUGUCAGUUCAUAUUUUUCCUCGUUUAAUUCAGAUUUACUCUUUCGGCAUAAAAUCCAGUAACCUUAAUAUUGGGUGUAGGAACUAUUUGUUUGCAAUAUUAAGCCUCCAUUUGGAUUCUGGAAGCACCCUUAGCUAUUGAUAAUAUGCUAAAUAGAAGGAGAAUUGUUCACUCUUUCAGAAAUCAGAAUACAAAAAUGCAUGGUCAGGGGAACUUUGACACAUUUCUUAGUCUUUGUUCUGCUGCUGAGUAAAAAGCAAAAGGAAAGAGGAACUGAGAAACUUGUUAAUUCAACAUCAGUGAAAGUCUCCAGUGUGAUUCAGUUGCAGCAUGACUUGGUCAGUCUUGUGAAGUUCUAAAAAAUAGCAGCAGGAUGUAGAGCUAGUGGUUUAAAGUCUGCACUUUAGCAUUAGCGGAAAAAACUUACUGCAUACAGUAUAAUAGAGCAUUGUGUGGAGCCCCAAAAAACGAUGUGGUUUUGGAACAUUGGUUAUGUCAGGGGUUCAGGGACAGAGGCACAGGGUAGGCAGGAGAUGGAGAGCGAUGGGGAUGAAUCCCAGGACAGCGAGGAAGAGGAUGACAAUGACUCAAGAGAUUCCAUGAGUCUUUCCAGCGAAUCAGAGGAUUCCCAGAAGGGGCGCCAGUGGUCAAGGCCAGGGAGCCCCAGGGGGACGUGUCAGGAGCAGGGGGCCAGCGGGGAUCCCAAAGUGGCAGCUGGGCGUCAGGACCAGCCUCCCGCCAGAGUGCAGCGAAGGGGUGGAGGUUCCAGUGUAUCAGGGAAGCAGCUCCGGCAGCAGAGAAGGGAGGGAGGUCGGAGCAAGCCACCCUCCCGGAAGGGGAGGGGGUAGUGAAGGGAGUAGUGUAACUGUCAAAAGGAAGGUUAGAGGUUGGGCGCGCCAAGUUCAAAUGUGGAGGCGCGCGGAAGUACAGGGAGCCCGGAGGAGGAGCCAGGUCCCAAAGCCCGCAGGAGGGGGAAGAGCAAUCUGGGAUUCCGCCUCAGGGGAAUCCAGGAGGGGCGAAACCCCAGCGGGCAGGAAGACCCUGCGGAAAAGGAAAGAGAGGAAGAGGUGGAGCAGCGCAAGCCUCUUAAACUGGUGCAGGGGAGGGACUGACUCAGAGGGGACUUCAAGGGUCUAAGCGUAACAGACGUGGGGCUGCGCGCCUCGGAUGUGAAGCAAACAAUGAACUCCAAUAAACACCUUUGUAUAUAAGAAGAACUUGGCGUUGGUCUUUUGUGAGCUGAGACCUGAGGCAGCCCUGACAGGUUAUCUUAUAAUUUGCAUAUUUUAUUUUUUAUUUUUUAAAAAUUAAUAUUUAUUGCUUUCCCAACAAUUUAAACACUACAAAAACAAUACAAUACAAUACAAUACAGUACAAAAACACUACAUAACAUUAACACAUUAAACACAUUAAACUAACAAGACAAAACAAAAACAGUUUAAAAUAAAUCAAAUAAAUCAAACAAUUUCAAUAUCUUAUCUUUCAUUCACUUAUUUCCACGACCUCCUCACACCUCCCUUUUUGUAUUCCACUUCUGUUAAUUGUUUCAGCAAUUCCUUUCCAUCUUCCUCUGUUUUCUAUCCUAUAAUUAUCUUAACACAUUCUAACCUUAUUUUUCCUUUAAUACUCUAUUUAUCUGCAUAUCUGCAUAUUUUAAGGCAAUGCAGUCUCACAGUUCCUGCUACUCAGACACAUGUGGGCCUUUGCGCCAGUAUAAAGUAAAGGGACCCCUGACCAUUAGGUCCAGUCGUGGCCGACUCUGGGGUUGCGGCGCUCAUCUCGCUUUAUUGGCCGAGGGAGCCGAUGUACAGCUUCCGGGUCAUGUGGCCAGCAUGACUAAGCUGCUUCUGGCGAACCAGAGCAGCGCACAGAAAUGCCGUUUACCUUUCCGCUGGAGCGGUACCUAUUUAUCUACUUGCACUUUGACAUGCUUUCGAACUGCUAGGUUGGCAGGAGCAGGGACUGAGCAACGGGAGCUCACCCCGUCGCAGGGAUUUGAAGCGCCAACCUUCUGAUCGGCAAGCCCUAGGCUCUGUGGUUUAACCCACAGCACCACCCGCGUCCCUUUGUGCCAGUAUAAUUUAGCUAUUUUCCCACUUGUUUCUUUAUUACAGCUGAGUACUUAGAUGCAUAAACAAUAGCUUACAUAAUGUGAGCCAUACAGUUCUGUCGUGUAGUUGUCUGUUUAUUUAUUGCACACAUGUUCAAAAACUUUAAUAAAUACUUUAAAAAAAAGUAACAGGGGAAAGGAUAGAACAAACGUUUUGCUUUCAACCAGUUCUGGUAUAUAAAUUAACAGGAAGUGAUGCUUCCUCCUCCAAAUUAAGAGAGAUAACAUUCUGGAACAGUCCCACGGGAAGAGCUGAGCUUUGUGAAGGGUUAUAUUCUUAUUUCUCUACUGAUGACUUGUUUGUUUGUGGUCUCUCCCCCCUCUUUGCAUGUGAUUUUGGGUGCUCUCUGGAGCAACGUGGUUUGGAGGCAGGAAGGUGGGUGAUAUAGUGUUAUCCGAUGAAAUCUUUGGAGUGACUUCACGUUCAGGUCUUAUUAGUCAUCUCCUCUAGGGCAGAUGACUAGUAGAAUCAAGAAGUCUGCCCCCCUUAUAUUACAUCACUUCAGGUUGCAGGCAAGGAAAGUAUGGUUUUGAAUGUUGGGGCAGUAACAUAUGGGACCGCCUCUCCUGGUAUGCCCUGCAGAGAACCUUAAGGUCCAUGAAUAACCAUAGUUUAGAGGUCCCGGGCCCUAAGGAAGUCAGACUAUCCUCCACCAGGGCCAGGGCCUUCUCAGUGAUGGCUCCGACCUGGUGGAAUGCUUUGUCCCAUGAGACUAGGGCCCUUCAGGAUUUAACAUCCUUCCAUUGGGCCUGUAAGACAGAGCUAUUCUGCCUGGCCUUCAGUUUGAAUUUAGCCUGAUCUUUUAUUUCCCUUCCCCUCCCCUUUUUAUGAAGAUCACCUGCUCUGAGACCCCACAGCUAAUUCUCCCCUGGCCUCCUCGCUGGCCCAAGUAGGACCAAUUCAGCCAGCUAGCCCUGGGGAUUAUCUGAUUGAUUUUUUAUUUUUAUUCUUAUUCAUGUUUUUAUACCGUAUUUAUGCUGCUUUUAUAAUUGUGUUUUAAAGUGUUUUAAAUUUGUUGUUAGCCACGCUGAGCCUAGUUUUUUAACUGGGAAGGGCGGGGUAUAAUUUUUUUUUUAUUACAGUGGUGCCUUGCAAGACGAAAUUAAUCUGUUCCGCGAGUCUCUUCGUCUUGCGGUUUUUUCGUCUUGCGAAGCAUGGCUAUUAGCGGCUUAGUGGCUAUUAGCGGUUUAGCGGCUAUUAACGGCUUAGCGGCUUUAAGAAAAAGGAAACAAACUCGCAAGAACUCGCAAGACGUUUCGUCUUGCGAAGCAAGCCCAUAGGGAAAUUCGUCUUGCGGAACGACUCAAAAAACGGAAAACUCUUUCGUCUAGCGAGUUUUUCGUCUUGCGAGGCAUUCGUCUUGCGGGGCACCACUGUAUUUAUUAUAGCAUGGAGAGCUUGCCCUAGCACAAAAUUGUUAAAGGCGCAAAAUUUCAACACUUGUUGCUGCCUCAAUACAGCUGUCCACACUUCCAUCACAGGGAACCACUGAAAAUGGCUUCUCCAUGUGAACCAGUGACUCCUCCAUACAACGAAACAACUCUUUGCUGCUGAAGUAACCUGCUGUCUUUUGAGUGCAUGUGUGAAUGCACAACACCCUAAAAGACGCCAGUCAUAUGCCCACAGUUAAUCAGCGUGACUUAACGGUGGCAAAACAAGAGGCCAAGGUUUUUGCUCUAAAAGCUGUGACUAAUAGAGCCGGUGAUACAACUAGUCUUCUUCCAGGCCCAUCUGCUGAAAUGUGCAGCUCACCGCUAUGAUCUUCCUUAGAGAGUGUUUGCAAUGACUGAAAUGGCUGCCUUCUGAAAGUGUUCUUGGGCUUCCAAUUCCAGGGAGUCGAAAAGUAUAACAUUGACGAAGCCACCAUCAUGAAAUUGUUUGACACAAGCUACGAAUCAGAAUCCAAGACGUCAUCGCCCAUGAAAAUUGUGCAGCUUUACAAUGUGCCAGGAGAGCUGAAGGAGUGCCUGGGGCACCGUCCGGACUGGCAAACCAUCAAGAACUCGAUGAAGGUAAAUUGCAAGAAAAUCCCAGUUUCAGCAGGCUGUGAGUUUGAGCGAAGGAAUGGCAGUGGGAUGGGUGGGGAAAGGAGUGGUUGCUUAACUCUUGUGGAUUUAUACUGGAGCUUCCACACAGUGUUUCCUCGGUGUUGCCAUAUUAUUGCCAUCUGGAGGGGCCCUCUUGCACUACAGCACAACAAAAGUGGCACAAAAAAUAAACCAGAACAUUUGUGGUACAAAAAUAAUUUCAACAGGAGCUUACAGGACAUGCAGUGUUUGGAAACGCAGCAAUACCACUGCCCAGAAACCUCUGCAGGUGCAAAACAGUAUUGAAAGCCAGAUUGCAUAUAACUGGCCUGAUAACGUCAUGAUCACAAGCCAUCAUGAAUGCACAAGCCAAAGGAUAUCUGGAGGGUUAUGAAUUGUUUGGCAUUUCUGCUACUCAGAACAGUGUUCUUAGAUUGCCACUUGCUGGGAACUCUGUAGUACUGCAUUCGCAGAGAUCUGCAGGCUGGUGGCUUCUCUCUUCGUUAGAUACCAGGACAAUGUCCACCAACUGGUGGGAAUAUGUAUGGAAAUUUGGCCCUUAAGAUGGUCUGCAGUUGAAUGGGACUCACAGUUGUUCCCUGCGUCCUUUCUUGAUCCUUAACCUCCAAACCUGAUGGGCACAAGUGCGUUUGCUCCUUGGUUGCUCUUCUAGGCAGACAAAUAGGUCUGAGGUGAGGGCAAGGAUUGGUGCAAUCAAGAUUGCGGAUAUCACAGAAGUGCAGGUGGUUCCCUAAUGUUGCCAUAUUUCCCCCCUGUAAAGGAACAUUUGGGGACUGUUCUCUCCUUGGUGAAAAGGGACAUAUUUCCCCAAAACAUUGUGUUCCCCUCCCUCUUAGCUUUGCACCAGUAUUUUCCCCAUCCAUACCAGCGAAGGUGGGUAGUGCUCUUUGGGGCUGGUAGAGUGGAAGGCAAGGAGGCCAACAGUGGGCGGAGCCGAGAUCAAGGACAUGCAGAGCCAGAGUCAACUAAUUCUAGUUUUGUUACAUCUUCAUCUGAAAUAUACUUGGAGUCGAGAGUGGAUUGCAUGCUCUUUAUUCAGCUCAUAGUGGUGAGGAGGAAUGGAAGUUCCCCCAGAAUGUCUGCUUUAUAUACAUUAUUUACACAAUGGGCCCCACGUGAUUGGCUAAUUCCAGGAUUCACCUGUAGGCCAAUCAGGAUGCUGAUUCACUUCAUCCAGGAGCCUGAUUGGCUGCUCCUGCAGGCCAAUCAGGUUUCUGAUUCACUUCCACCUGGAGCUGGAUUGGGUGGCUCCUGUGGACCAAUCAGACUGCUGCAUUCUGGACCAUAUUGUUCUAGGACCAAUCAGACUGCUUCAUUCUGAAUCCUAUUGUUCUAGGACCAAUCAGACUGCUGCCUUUUGGAUCCUAUUCAACUCAGUACAUAACAUCCUCUCUGCUGAGCUCUCCAAGGGCAGCACUGAGGCUACAGAGGAGGAAGCCAACAGGCAAUGCCAUCCCACGGGCUGGUUGCAAGUUGGAAGGCAAGCAGGAGGGGGGGUUGCCUGGGGGCAGAGUGAUGUUGGUGGGGCAACCCCUGCACUUGCCCUAAUGGACCAGCCUCUGUUGCAUGCCAAACCAACAAGACUACCUGGAUGGUGAGUAAUUUUUAUGCCAUCAUGGUGAGACAUAAGCACAAAAUGAAUACAGUGGUACCUCCAUUACAUAUGCUUCAGGUUACAGACGCUUCAGGUUACAGACUCCGCUAACCUAGAAAUAGUACCUCAGAUUAAGAACUUUGUUUCAGGAUGAGAACAGAAAUCGUGCAGCAGCAGAGCAGCGGCAGCAGGAGGCCCCAUUAGCUAAAGUGGUGCUUCAGGUUAAGAACAGUUUCAGGUUAAGAACGGACCUCUGGAACGUAUUAAGUACUUAACCCGAGGUACCACUGUAUUUAUAAAAUGACAGACAUGGCAAAAAACAACAACCCACCUAAUACCGUGCCCUUGUUCUUUUGCCUAUCAGACACCUCCUCCGCCAAAAUGGGACAAGAUUAAAUAUGGAGCCUGGUAUCUUCCCCCCAAGAAAUGGAAAAAGAAAAAAGUCAGAGAUGAGGAAGAAAUCCCUGUAUGUCUGCAAUCCUUUAUGGAUUUAAGGAAGAAGAAGGCGGCCCCAAAGGUAAUGAAAAUGCCCAUAGUGUUCUAUGCUGGGCAAGUCUUGUUAUAGGGCAUUCAUGAGGUAAAUUAAUGUUGGUAAUUUUUAGCCAUCUUCCAGCAAUGUUUUUGUGCUUGGCAGGUACCAGUGGGAUGUGGGUGGCGCUGUGGUCUUAACCACAGAGCCUAGGGCCUGCCGAUCAGAAGGUUGGCGGUUCGAAUCCCCGCGACGGGGUGAGCUGCCAUUGCUUGGUCCCUGCUCCUGCCAACCUAGCAGUUUGAAAGCACGUCAAAGUGCAAGUAGAUAAAUAGGUACCGCUCUGGCAGGAAGGUAAACAGAGUUUCCUUGCGCUGCUCUGGUUUGCCACAUGACCUGGAAGCUGUCUCUGGACAAACGCCGGCUCCCUCAGCCAGUAAAGCGAGAUGAGCGCCGCAACCCCAGAGUCGUCCGCGACUGAACUUAAUGGUCAGGGGUCCCUUUACCUUUACAUAGGUACCAAAUGCACUCACUUUGCCUCAGUUUUGAAUAGACACAUGCAUUCAAGGAACUCCUUUUGUGUGUGACAAAAAGCAGGCCUUUGGAAAGCAUGAAAAGUGGUAAUUUGAAUGCAUCUGUGCCAUUCACAACUAACAUGAGGUGUCAUGGAUUUUGUCCUUGGGUAUCUGUCAGGAUUUCCCUAUUUAUAGAGGGGGGCAUUGUGGGUUGGAAUUUCACCACUCAAUGCAGCUUCAGGGCUCUAGCUGAUGUGUUGUCAAGUGAUAUGAAAGUUCAGUAAGUGGAAUUUGAUGCAUGGUGGCUAAGAUUUUCACUCAUAGAAACAGUACUUUAUGAAGUCGCAGUGAACAAGUAUAAGUAAACAGUUCCAAAGUUUCUGAAUGAGCAGCAAUUCAGAAACUGACACACAAAAUAAUAAAUGUGAAUGGAAAAUGCACCACAGAAUUUGUUUACCUUAUUUGUAAGAAAAUUACCCAGGUGCGCUGGUGUGCCUCUGGUCCCUAGGGGCAAUGAUAUAGGUAAACCUGAAUAUGUGGGAAAUAGUGUCUGAACAUUCCUUUCAUGUGUGAAAUUAGUAAAAUCUAUUGUUGCAGGUGGAGGAGGCAAGUGGGUUCCAUGCAAUCUACGCCUUUGAGCAAUUUCUUGACAGGAAAGGCUACAGGAAGCCUCAGGUGAGCAAAUCCCACUUUCUGUGAUACAACUAGAGAUCAGAACUGAAGCAGCUGCAGCUGUGUAAAGGCAGUGUUUUUAUGUGGCUACAUCAAACCUUCCCAACCAUUUGUGACCUGCCAAGCCUAACUUGACUUACUAGUGCUUGACAACCCUUUGUUUUUGCAGUCAAGGCAGCAAAAUCAGGCAUCAUGCAUGGCUGAUGGGUUGUAUAGGUCUGGUCUAGAGCAGGUGUGGGGAACCUCAAGCCAAGGGGCAGAUUUGGCCCUCCAGCCCUCUCUGUCUGGCCCUUGAGAUUCUACCUAGGCCACACCCCUAUCUAACCACACCUUCCUGAGGCCACACCCCUCACCUGCUAUGCUUCACACGUUUGAGUAUUUUUGCCUUGUGACGGCUGCUUGUCUGGAUGGAGGAUAGAGGGGUGUGUGCAUGUGUGUAGAGAGUAGCCUACUGUAUAAAGGUAAAAUUUACAUUAAUUGCUCUGCCCCCCCUUUUGCCUCUGGCCCUGGCCACAACUGGCCCCCAGAAGGUUGCCCAGAAGCAAAUUAGCCAAAUUGGUGGCUUUCACUAUAUCAUGUGGGAGUUCCAUAGUUUAACUAUCCACUGUGUGAAUAAAUAAGAUAAUGAUUUGAGAUGGUAUGGGAACUUGCAGCAUUUACAUAGCACAAGAGUGCUCAAAGUGCUCGAUACAUAUUUUCUCAGUGGUUUCCCCAGUGACCUUGUAAGGGCAAGGCAGUUUUAUUUAUUAUUAUCCCCUUAAUGCUGACUGAGGUGUGCUAAUGACCAUCAGAUCAAUUAAUUACAGUGGUAUCUCAGGUUACAUAUGCUUCAGGUUACAUACGCUUCGGAUUACAGACUCCGCUAACCCAGAAAUAGUGCUUCAGGUUAAGAACUUUGCUUCAGGAUGAGAACAGAAAUUGUGCUCUGGCGGCGCGGUGGCAGCAGGAGGCCCCAUUAGCUAAAGUGGUGCUUCAGGUUAAGAACAGUUUCAGGUUAAGAACGGACCUCCGGAACGAAUUAAGUACUUAACCCGAGGUACCACUGUAAUGGUAGAGAUUUAAACCAGGGACUUAUUGAUUCAUAGCUUAGGCUCUUCCUAUACAUUUCCUUUUGUUUCGCUGCUGACCAAACACACUUUUGCAGGUUUUCUGAAACAAUAUACAGUACAAACUAUCGCCUAACAUAACCCUCUCCCUAUUUAAGAACUGUCAUUUAUAAGACUAUAACAAUGUAAGAAAACCCCUACUGGAACAAGUCAAAGGCCCAUCUACUCCAACAUGCUGUUCACAUGGAGGCCAACCAGAUAUCUAGAGGAAGUUCACAAGCAGAACCUGAGCGCAACAGUUCCAGUGUGUUUUAGGUGCUUUUGUGUUGUGUUGGUUUGCUCUUCUCCUAAUGGAUGGUUGUCAACUAAGUUUUACUCAAGUACACCCACUGAAAUUAGAGGGCCUAACUUAGCUUUCUUGAUUAAUUUAUACUGUACUAUUACUAUAGUUAUUAUCACCCUUUAAAUUCCCAGGGCGGGUGACAGCCAUUUAAAAUGCAAGAUUAAAAACAAUAUUUAAAAACUUGCAACUACAGUACAAACAAAAACACCAUCUAAAUAAUACAAGUCCACACGGCUGUGUACAAUUUAGAUUUCCGGUGUUCAUUCAAUGUGUGUACUCUGCAUAAAGCUCAGUUAAAUAUAACCCUUUGCGUUUGUUUCGGUGAUAAAAAGACAACCAUGCAUUUCUCAAAAGGAUAUUAACAGGACAACUGCUGGUAUCUGGAGGCAUGCAGAAUUUGGCAGGGAAUAAAUUGGAGGGCUGUACUAUGGAAACGAAGGGUAGCCCCCACUACUUGUUACGCAUUAGAGAGGCAGCUGCUUCUUUCUUGCAAAGCACCUUCACAAAGCUGUGAUUUGCAGAAAAGGGGCAGGAGGGGAGGAGUAUUAAACCAGGCCAUUUCUCCAGGAUACUGCACACAAACACACACCUGUGCCACGUCACCUUGCACUCUAGGCUACAGUUCGCUUCAUACGUUGCAUUUUGUGUUAUGCGCACCUAAGACCCCCCAAGUGAGGCCAUCCGGUUAGCUCACAUGGCUAGAGCCUGGUGCUGCUGAUAAUACCAAGAUUGCGAGUUCGAUCCCCAUACGCGCCAGCUGCGUAUUCCUGCAUUGCAGGGGGUUGGACUAGAAUCAGCGGUUCUCAACCUGUGGGUCCUUAGAUGUUGUUGGACUACAAUCAUAAUAAUAAUUUAUUAUUUAUACCCUGCCCAUCUGGCUGGGCUUUCCCUGCCACUCUGGACGGCUUCCAACCAAAUAUUAAAAUACAGUAAUGCAUCACACAUUAAAAGCUUCCCUAAACAGGGCUGCCUUCAGAUGUCUUCUAAAAGUCUGGUAGUUGUUGUUCUCUUUGACAUCUGGUGGUAGCGUGUUCCACAGGGCGGGUGCCACUACCGAGAAGGCCCUCUGCCUGGUUCCCUGGAACUUGGCUUCUCGCAGCGAGGGAACUGCCAGAAGGCCCUCAGCGCUGAACCUCAGUGUCCCAGUAGAACGAUGGGGGUGAGCUCAUCCCUGAGCUCUGGCCUUGCUAGCUAGGGGUGAUGGGAGUUGUAGUUCAACAACAUCUGGGGACCCAUAGGUUGAGAAAGGCUGGACUAGAUGAACCCUUGGGAUCCCUUCCAACUCUGCUUCUAAGUGUACAACGGCCACAAGCACAUGCGUUGUAUGGGUAUAUGCAUAAGGAUCAAUGAACGGCAACAGUAUUCUGCUAAAUGUAUGAGUGGUGACAAAUGUGGGUGCGUUGCAACACAAUGUGUGAAAUGGCCUCGGUGUAUACAGUAGUGGAGGGUGGAAACAAUUUUGCAAGGCUCAUCCAAAGAACAGGAACUUAUCACAGUCUGAUUUGGGGACAGCCACAGUCAAGCUGAUGGAUGACCUCUGCCGGGAGAUAGAUAGAAAAAGCAACAUCCCUCCUGGUUUUCCUGGCUCUCUCGCCAGCCUUUGAUAACACUGAUCACACGCACAGUGGGCUGGCAUAAGACUGAAUCUUCUUGGUAGUGGCACCCACAUUUGGGUAAUUCCUUGAUGAAGACAGUUCAGCUGUCAUGCUUUGUUGGCUUUUAGAAGCAAGGUGGUCCAAGUCUGUUUCUCUGAAUCAGGAUUUUUAAGACGGAGAAUGCCUGUAUAUAUUUUAUGAUACUCUUGUAGAGUAAUUUUAUUUUAUUUACUGUACCGUAUUUCAUUGUAAACCGCCCAUAUCGCUCACUAUAAAGCAAUAAAACAAUAAAACAAUAAAGUUAAGAAUUCAUGGUGAGGAUAAGAAAUAUUGCAAUAAUUAAGAAUCAUGAACACAGUGAAAACACGACUAUCAGUUGCAAAUUGAGUUUGGACUGGGAGUAUUCAAGAGGUAUCAACCCUGGGUUAAAUUUUUGGUUAGAGCUGGGUUUAGCCAACAUUUCAGUGGAUUGGGUAUCUUUUUCUUUGCACUGAAGCAGUUGUGCAUGUGGGGAUGGGGGCAAGUGGACUGUGGCUGAAGCAGCGAGGGCAGAGGAAUAUCACCCUUGCUAUUUUAUGAUGACCUGAUAUUUUCAUUACCUGCCAUGCUGUUUCUGGUUCUAAUUAUUUUAAAUAAUUACUUAUGGGUUAUUGUCUUUUAAAUGUUGUUUACACCUAACGCUACUAUGUUAAGAGGAAAGGUAGAAUACAACUUAGCCAUUAAGGGGGGAAAUAAACUUCCCCUAUCCCCCUGCAAUACCAUUUUUCUAAUGGGAAUUACACCCAUUAAGCUGCUUUUAGAUGAGGUGUUUGUGGAGAGUUUCCUCUACUCGACCUAUCUUUUUUCACCUAAUUUGGGAAAAUCCAUGGGGUGUCAGGUUAACUCCCAUCCCUACAGGAUUGUAGCACAAACCACUUUGCCAGCCUUCCCCAGCUUUGUGCCCUUCAGAUGUUUUGGACGCAUGCUGACUGGGGCUGAUGGGAAUUGUAGUCCAAAACACAAGGUUCGGGAAGGCUGCACUAUGCUAUGCCAGCAGUCAUUCUGCUUGUUAUGCAGCUCCCAAAGUCACAAAGUGCCUGUUUAUAAAAGAGUGGCAGCCCUAAGCAGAAUAAAUUGCAUUCUCAAGCAUUUUUGCAAAGCGGACAAAAAACCAACACAAAGAAGAACAAGAAGUCCCUGUGGGCCCUGAAGGCACAAUGGGCUGAUUUGACACACACUCUGCCCUGCCCCUGGCUGUUCCUGAAGGAAACAUCCCACACCGUCUGUCUCUGCUGCAACAAUUGUGCUGCUCCCAUCAAGUUAAAGACCCACCAACUGGAAUAAUUACUCACAAUGUUCUGGUGUGGUAGUGCUUCGUAGCAGGUGGGAAGAAGGCAGGCGAGCAACCUUCCUCUUGGAGAUGACACCUGCACAACACAACAAAGCCCCUUAAGUAUUUAUCCUUGGAAGACUGUGCCCAGGGCCAACCUGAGGACAAAGAGUGGGCAAGGAGGACUGCGGCCCCUCCUCCGUGGCCAGUUUUGCAGGGUUGCCAAUCUGAGUGGCUUGCAAAACUGGGCUGCAAAAUCUCACAGUGUAAGAGGGCCUCCUGCUCUCUGGCCUCACUAGCAAUGCCCAUGAGCUGCCUCUCGGUAAUGUCCUGUUUUGUUGCCAGCUGCCCCCCUGUUCAAAGUGAGCUGAGGCACUUUCCUCGGUGGAAGAUCUAGCCUCUGAAGGUGAGUGCCACCUCUGUACCUGGCUACCACUCCCAUUUUCUCUGUGCCCACCACCUCCUCUUCCUCCACACUGGGGGAGGCGGGGGCACGACAGAGGAAGAGGUGGUGGCAUUUUCUGUUUUACCUGAAACAGCAAAACAUCCUGGGCCAGCCCUGAGCAGAGGGGCAGUCUUGGUUGUUCCUCUGCCCCCAGAGGGAAAACAUGGCUCAGGAGAGGGCAUUCUCUGUGGCAGCCCCUAAGCUGUGGGACUCCGUCUUUCCCUCUGCCUGGCACUUUGAUUAUACAGCUUCCAGAGAAUGCUGAAGUCUCACCUCUUUACCCUGGCUGUUGACACUUGAAGUGUAUAUAUUUACAUAGCUGUCAACUUUCAGAUUUGAAAAUAAGGGAUCAGCAGCCUCAAAAAUAAGGGAUCAGCAGCCUCACCUGUCCUGGGGACAGUCUACGGGAUAUCUAACAAUCCGGGAUAGCAGCGGGAAGCAGCGGGAAAUGGUGCUGGAAUAAGGGAAUUUCCCGCAAAAAAAAAAAAAGGGAAGAUUGACAGCUAUGUAUUUUUAGCACCCGCCUUAUUUUGUGAUUUUAAUAUUUAAUAUUGUGCUUUAAUGUUGUAAGUAGCGAUGGGACCUUAGGGUGAAGGGCAGGCAAUCAAUCAAUCAAUCAAUCAAUCAAUAAUAACAAAGACUCAGCUCAACUUAAUACCCACUUCAGCUAAGCAUCAAGGCAAGCACCCAACCUGUCCACCCCACAAUAUUCUGGUUGUGCCAGAAUGGGGACAGUGAUGUGCAUUUGAACAUGUGUCUCCCUAAUAGAAAUAGAUGGCUGCAUUUAGAUGCUUGUUCAGGUCCUCAUUUCUGCCUAACACUUCCUAAUCCUGCAAGUGAUUCCCUACAGCAGCUUUCUUAUGCAGAUAAGGUUUUGGGUCCGCUUUCUACAUUUUUGGUGUGGAUGCUCCACUUCAUUUCAGUAUGGUAGAUAUGCUAAAUGGGUAUCUUACCAUUAGAAACUAAGGGGGUAUGUGAUACCAAAAACUUCCCCGUUCCUUUCCAAACCUCUUCCCUGUGACCAUAUUAAUGCACAUUUAUACGUGAUAGGGCAAAGCUGUUUGCAAAGCCAAAAGGUUUGGCGAUCUAACAGGGAAAACUAAGACAAAGAAGACUGGAGCAAAGGACUUGAACAGAUCUUCAUCCGAGAACCUGAAGGAGCUGCAUGAAGCUAAACUAGAGGAGUUCAAGAAAAGUGUUUGCUUUCCUCCCAUUUAUUUGAAAAGGAAACCUUUCCUCCGUUCCCCCCGACCCGGUCUCUACUUAUAACAUGAAUAAAUAAUGUUUCAGAUCAUUCUUGGAAAUGUGUGGUUAUAACCACAUACAUUUUCUUUCCUAUUGAUCCUGUCUCAUUGCACUACUUUCGCUUUUGAGCCUGUUUUUAUACAUUCAGCAAAAUCAAGUCAUAAAGCACAUCUUGCACCAUGAGGCUGUCACAGCUUUUGAAUACUCUGUGUGAACGGAGAGAGAGAGAUCUCUUUCCACAAGACAAAUAAAAUCUGUUAGCAAAGUGGCAUGGAAGGGGAAAGGUUUAUACCUAACUUGGAAAGUAGAGGGGGCUGCUUGCAUAGAGCCCAGUUAGAAAAAUCAGAAAUAAGUAGUUUUUUGAGAGAAGAAUGCUGUGCCCUGAUUAAGUCUUCUCAUUCCUGACUUUCCACCCAAGCUUAUUGUUGCCUCUGAGGUUCUCUAACUGGGCUCCACAUGCACAGUGCACUGGCUGCAAGCUGAUCCGCAGCAUAAGAGUUGCAACUACUCUGACUAGCAUAAGAUGUUAAAGAAAAAUUCCUAAAUUCCCAAACCAGGCUUGGUGCCGUCCAGAUGUUUUGGAUUAGCACUCCCAUCAGCUUCAACUUCAGCUGACAAGAGUUGUAAUCCAAAACCUGUUGAAGGCAUGGAGUUGGCCAAGGCUGCCCUAGACCAACAGAAUACUAACUGGACCACACUGGCUUACCCAUCAAACCACACACACCGUGAAAGCUGUCUCAGCUGGUUACCAAUUUUACUUUAACACAGCAAGUUUGUUUCUUACAUUGAUGCAACAACCGAUGUAGUCAUCAGACAAUGGCUAAUAUGCCACAGAAAAUACAAUUAAGUUGUGAUUUACCAUGAAAAGGUUGCAGCCCCCUAUGUAGCUUAUUGCCAUGGCAACAUGAUAAUUCUUGUGUUUGUCUGCUUCAGUUCCUUCUGCAGAUGUUGGCUGCAAAUAAUUCUGCCAAGCUAUUAGAGGAGGAUGACUCUUCCUCAAGGAGAUUAUCUAUGAAGACCCUUGAAGAAAUGAGAUUGAAUUCCUCCUCAGUCUUCUAAGAAUCAAUCCUGGUCAGCGAGUGCCUGUUUUUCCUUACGAAAAACCAAGGCAAAAAGUUACUUGUAAAGAGAUUGCCAAAGUUAUUCCAGAUUUCACACUUCCCUUCAUCAGAAACUGCAGAGACAAGCAUAAUUUGUUACACACAUAGAUAAAUUAACUAAGGAAAUGGGUGAGGCCAUAAAAUUCAAAUAAAAAUUGGCCACUAAAAUGUCUACUAUUACAGGGGUAGCAGAGAGAAUUAUUCAGACAUUAUAUACUAGGAGAAACUUAGUACAUGUAUUAUGAGUGUAACUGUUGUUUAACACGAUAAUUUACAUACUGCAUUUUAAAUACUGGCUGUAUCUAAUAAAAGAAGCUUUGUCUCUGAGCUUGA